GCCUACCUUAAGGAAGACUACGGGGAAAUCGUCAAACUGUUGAAGCACACUGCACAAGUGCACAUCACAGUUCGACCUCAUUACUUUUUAGAUUUUCUUCCUUUUGAAUAACAAAGAGUCCAAAUUGUGGAAAAAUUUCUAACCAUCUCUCUUCAAAAUGGAAAGAACACAAUGUAAGUUUUAUUUCGUUACAUAGAAAUUCAUUUAUUGUUAAUACAAAUGCUAUGAUUUAUUUUUUGGGCAUGUUUGCGGUUUUGCGGUGGAGAUUUAAACAAAUAUAAUUAUGAAGCACAUUGUAAAGUGACAGUGCUCUAAAAUUACUAAACUUGCAAUUUAUAAUUCAUUUCAAAAGCAUCAUAAAAUGGAUUGUUUCAAUUAAAAUAAUACUCCGUAGUAUCUAUAAUCUGAAGCGACACACUAAAUAGCACAAAUGCAGUGUUUGGCUAGUGGCAUUUAGCCCAUCAUAAACUGGAUUAGAGAUUGAAUCGCCAAAUGCCAAAUGAGCUCAUUAUAUAGUCACAAUGUCACAUAAUAAUCAACUAAUUACUAUGAUUUCAUUGUGGUUCAAGGGUUAAAGAAAGGAGUUGGAAGGACCUCUUCCUAUAUUCACCUCAUUAUUGUUGAUAUUAGGAAGAUCUUGGAAACAGACAGUAACUUUGUUAUCUCUUUUUGUAGAAGGUCUGCAAAUCGUGUCGCUCAUGCUCUUGUAAGAGCACAUGUUGCUAUCUCAUAUCAGAUGGUCACCUAUGAUAUUAUCCCUCAAUGCAUUGUCAGCCAGUUGGCAAACGAUUUAUUGAUUUAAUAUAAGUUUUGUGUUAUGAUGAUAAAAAAAUAUUAGUUGUAAUUUGUGAAUUAUUCCAAUAUGAAUUUCAAUUGCCCUUGAGAGAAAUUUGGAGCAAUUGAAUGAGGCCUUGAAGGGAAAGCUCAACAUCCUUGUUCUUUAUCAGUUCUCCGGCAACUUCGGCCGGAGUCACAUCUACUUUCUCAAACAACUCUUCAAUUUGUUUGAACAAGUUAUGAUGAUCUAUCCCCAAAUAAUUUUUUGCCAAUUGCUUGAAUGCAGAAAAUUUGCAAUAUGACAAAUGUAUAUGCAUAUCCAUUCUUCCAGGCCUUAACAAGGCAGGAUCUAAUUUGUCUUUGUGGUUUGUUGAAAAGGGAAGCUAUUGUUGAUAAAAUAUUUCAGGAUUACAAUCAAACCACAGCAUGUCACCAAUUUCAGGAGGGGAUUCCAAACACAGGACAGCAGCCUCCACCCCUCUCUUUGCUCGUUGAGCUAUUUGGUGUGCCACACAAUUUACAUUCCCUUUUGACCAAACUGAAGCGCACGUCACAUAAACAUGAGAUCGCCUCCUUCAACUCGUCGAGUAUUAAUCCAAAAUGGGAUCUAUCCUUGCCUGACAUGCCCAGCUUUGUUAUGAGCGGAAAUAAUUCUCUGGGGGCAGAUUCCAAUAAGGUCUCAUGCUGUUCCUUUUCUUUUUCUUCCAGGGACUCCCUAUUCUCAAGCUUGAUGCUGCAAUCAAUAUCCUCAAUGACAAGGAUGGAACGGCUAGACAUUGAAAGCAACAACGACCUCAAAUUCGUGUUAUUGCGAACUUCUGUAAGAUCAAGAUCGUAUAUGUCAUAGCUAAGAUAGUUAGACAUAGUAGCAAUCAAGCUGGACUUUCCUGUUCCGGGAGGACCAUACAGCAAGUACCCGCGCUUCCAAGGCUUGCCAAUCUUCUUGUAGUAUUCUUUCCCCUUCAAGAACUUGUUUAAGUCUUCAAUAAGCGAUGCCUUAACCACAUCAUCCAUAGCCAAUGUGGUGAAAGUCAUGGGAUGUUGAAGAAUGAUAUUGUUACCUGUAGUGGCGGAGCCAGAAAUAGUAGAUCAUAGAGGUCGAAGCUUAAAAGUUCACUAUACUUUUUUAUGAAGAAUUCAAUUUAUAGCUUCCAUGAAGCUUCCUCCAUGUGCAAGAAUGACAAGGGGAGCUUCCUCAACCACCAUUGAAGCUUCCUCAUGUUCCAUUGAAGCUUCCUCCUAGCUUCAACACAUCUUCCUCCCACCUCCAUACUACCUUGUUUUGGUACUAUAAAUAGAGAGCUUGGAGAGUCUUUCUAUCAUCAAGUAAAUUAGAAUAGAUCAUCAUAGCACAACCAAGAAGAGUUGUGAAUAUCCUUGAGAGAUAUGUGAGGUGUUGUUUUGAGAGUUUUUAGUUAGAGCUUGUAUGUCUCUUCUUUCUAUUCUUGAAAGUAAUAGAAGUGUUUUUCUCUCAUAUUAGCACGAUCCUGUUAUUCCCAACAAGUGGUAUCAGAGCCUGGUUGAGCUUUUAAUAUUUUUCCCAGAUUUUUUCAGAUAAAAUUCUACUGUCUGAAAAAUCGAGUUUUUCAUUAUUGCUCGGAAUUGCAAUCAGAAUAUACCGUUGGAUUCGUCUCGUCGAGACGAGAAAACUGCUAUUUUUGGGGAUUUUUUUGGCCACCGGAAGCUGCCGUACGCGCCGCCAAACGCCGGCCAAAAACUGUCUGCGUCAUGUUGACGUCAUCACGCGCAGACAGAGGUUGAAGACAGCUGACGUCAUCGCUGACGUCAUCAGCCAGCCAGAGCUGCGUCAGCGCCACAUGUGCAGUCCCAGCACAGUCAGCCGCCACGUCACCAGUCAACUUCCAACUUUCACCAGCGCCCAGUCAGCUGCCACGUCAUCGCCCAGUCACCGCCACGUCACCGCCACGUCAUCUGCCACGUCACCGGUCAGUUUGUAAUUUUGAAAAUUUGCAGUUUGGUCCCUCAAUUUUUGGAAAAUUAUAAUUUCCACCUGUAAUUUUUCGAAAAUUGUAUUUUGACCCCGAAAGUGCCUAUCCACCAUUUUCGGCCGUUUCGGACGCAACGGUGCUGCCCGUUUUUCGAAAUUCUGCUCCGAUUUUUCUGAAACAGAAAAUCAAAAUUAUUUAGAAGGUGAAAAUGACCUUUGACGAGUCAACUUCAUCUUCCGGAGCUAUGAUUAUGCUCACGGCUACCAACUACACGCUAUGGAAACCUCGGAUGGAAGAUUUCCUUAGCUGUAAAGACCUUUUUGAUCCAAUAGAGAUGAAAGGUAUUAAUCCUGACCCGGCUAAGUCAACGGAAUGGAAGAAAAUUAAUAGAAAAACUAUUGGUCAAAUCCGACAAUGGAUUGACCAUAGUGUCUUCCACCAUGUUGCACAAGAAACCGAUGCUUAUGCCCUUUGGAAAAAGUUAGAAGAUAUGUACCAGGCCAAGACCGCUAGGAACAAGGCCCUACUGAUGAGGCGUCUUGUCAAUAUGAAGCUCAAAAGUGGAACUUCUGUUGCCGAACAUACUAGUCAAUUUCAGAGUCUGGUAAAUCAACUAUCUUGUGUAGAAAUGCCACUUGGAGAUGAAAUGCAAUCUCUACUGCUUCUUAGUUCCCUUCCUGAUAGUUGGGAGACACUAGUUGUUACUCUCAGCAACUCAGCCCCAGAUGGCAAACUUACCAUGUCUGUGGUCAAGGAUGCACUGUUCAAUGAGGAGGCAAGAAGGAAAGACAUGAGCACAGAUGAGACUCAUGCCCUUGUGACAGAGAAUAGAGGAAGAUCACAAGGAAAACAACAAAGAAACAGUAGAGGGAAAUGGCAAAGCAGGGGCAAAAGUCGGGGGAGAUCAUCAGAUGGCCGGAAACCUUCUUAUACCUGCCACCAUUGCGGUAUAGAGGGUCACAUGAAGAAGAAUUGCUACAAAUUGCUAGAGGAGCGAGGCAAGAGCAAUUCUCAAGCGAAGAGCAAGGGUGGUGAAGCGCUCAUCACAAUCUCAGGUGAUGUGGCGUAUUGUACUAUCAAUGAUGAAACAUGCCUUCACGUCUCAAGACAGGACACUGAAUGGGUGGUAGAUACUGCAGCAUCCUACCACGUUACUCCCCACAGGUACUACUUCACAACUUACAAAGCUGGAGACUUUGGAGCAGUGAAGAUGGGUAAUUCCAGUUCAUCUGAAAUAGCUGGAAUUGGUGAUGUACAAAUAAAGACGAGUUCUGGGAGCACAAUCACUUUGAAGGAUGUCAGACAUGUUCCAGACCUUCGUCUCAAUCUCCUGUCAGUGGUAUGUCUUGACGAACAGGGAUAUGAAAACCACAUCAACAGAGGCACCUGGAAAAUGUCAAAGGGCGUUUUGACAAUCGCUCGAGGACAUGUUUGUGGCACAUUGUACAAAACUCAUUUGAGGAUUUGUACGGAUAGCCUCAAUAUUGCUGAGGAGACUACUCAGAAUCUGUGGCAUCUGAGGCUCGGCCACAUCGGUGAGAAAGGGUUGACUACCUUGAUGAAGAAGAACCUUAUCAACAUCGACAAGAAUGCUGCACUGAGUCCUUGCAGUCAUUGUCUGUUUGGUAAGCAACACAGAGUAUCAUUUAAUUCUACUUCAACUAAAAGAUCGGAGUUGUUAAGUUUGGUACACUCCGAUGUCUGUGGUCCUUUCGAGGUGGAAUCAAUCGGUGGAAGCAGAUUUUUUCUGACUUUUAUCGAUGAUGCUUCUCGGAAAGUGUGGGUGUAUUUCCUUAUUACGAAGGAUCAGGUGUUCGAGAGCUUCAAGACAUUUCACGUCUUGGUGGAACGUGAAACAGGAAAGAAGCUGAAAUGUAUCCGAUCUGAUAAUGGGGGCGAGUACACAUCUAAGGCGUUCGAUGCAUAUUGCAGAGAAUAUGGCAUUCGACAUGAGAAGUCAGUACCACGCACCCCUCAGCACAACGGCGUUGCUGAAAGAAUGAACCGGACUAUCAUGGAGCGUGUUCGGAGCAUGCUGAAUAUGGCAAAACUUCCGAAGUCAUUCUGGGGAGAAGCAGUCAACACCGCAUGCUAUCUUAUCAACCGAUCACCUUCAGUACCACUGAACUUUGAAGUUCCAGAGAGACUAUGGACAGGUAAGGAUCCUACAUACUCACAUCUUAGAGUAUUUGGUUGUUCAUCAUAUGCACAUGUAUCCAAAAAGCUCAGACAGAAGCUCGAUGCAAGAACUAUCCCAUGCAUUUUCGUUGGCUACGGAAAUGAAGAGUUUGGAUACAGGUUAUGGGAUCCUAAGGAGAAAAAGGUGUUCAGAAGUAGGGACGUUGUGUUCCACGAAGAUUUGAAAAUAGAAGACAUUGAAAAACCCACAAUGUCUCGGAAGUCAAGUGAGGGUGCUCAAGUUUCAAAUGAAGCACCAGAAGAGGACGAAGUGCAUGAAGAUAACUCAGAAGCAGCCAAAGAGGAGGAGACAGAAGAGAGUACAGAGCAAGGGGAGACACAAUCCACCCCGCCAGACACUGAUGAUGGUAGCUCUUCUCAGAUGGUUCCAACUGUUCGUAGAUCUGAACGAGGGCAUAUACCAUCGACAAGGUACACAUCAUCUGAAUAUCUUUUGUUAACUGAAGAUGGAGAACCGGAGAGUUUUCAAGAAGCUGUAUCUCAUAAGGAUAAAGAAAAAUGGCUAAUAGCAAUGCAGGAUGAGUUAGAAUCUCUGCAGAAAAAUCAAACUUAUGAGAUCAUAGAACUUCCUAAAGGGAAGAAGGCAUUAAGGAACAAAUGGGUGUUCAAGCUAAAGAAAGAUGCAAGCGGACAAGUGGUGAAACACAAAGCUCGGUUGGUUGUCAAAGGGUUCCAGCAGAAGAAAGGAAUUGACUUUGAUGAGAUCUUUGCACCAGUUGUCAAGAUGACCUCAAUCCGAGUUAUACUUGGCUUGGCAGCAAGUAUGAACUUGGAGCUUGAACAGAUGGAUGUGAAGACAGCAUUUCUUCACAGAGAUUUGAAAGAAGAAAUCUACAUGCAGCAGCCGGAAGGUUUUGAGAACUCAAAUGAUAACUUUGUGUGUAAGUUAUAUAAAAGUUUGUAUGGCUUGAAGCAGGCACCAAGGCAGUGGAAUAAGAAGUUUGACUCAUGCAUGAAGAGUCAAGGCUACAAGAAGACUACUGCAGAUGAGUGUGUAUACAUCAAGAAACUUCCAGACGGUACCUUCAUUGCUCUUUUACUAUAUGUAGACAACAUGUUGAUCGUUGGGAAAGAUGUAGUGAAGAUAAACCAGCUGAAGAAAGAACUCUCUAAGUCUUUUGAUAUGAAAGACUUAGGACCGGCUCAACAGAUUCUUGGGAUGCAGAUCACUCGAGACAGGAAGAAUCGCAAGUUAUGGCUAUCUCAGAAGAAGUACAUUGAACGAGUACUUGAGAUUCAACAUGAAUGAUGCCAAGCCAGUAAGUGUUCCACUUGCGAAUCACUUCAAGUUGAGCAAAAGAACAUGCCCUACAUCCAAGGAAGAGAUCGGGGAGAUGUCAGCAGUUCCAUAUUCUUCAGCAGUUGGGAGUUUGAUGUACGCCAUGGUAUGCACAAGGCCAGACAUCGCACAGGCAGUGGGUACAGUGAGUCGUUUUCUCUCUAACCCCGGGAAGGAGCAUUGGGAGGCAGUCAAAUGGAUUCUCAGGUACUUGAAAGGUACUAUGAAGUUAUGUCUUUGUUACGGAGGAGCUGACCCAGUCUUGGAAGGCUACACAGAUGCUGAUAUGGCCGGAGACACUGAUAGCAGAAAGUCUACUUCAGGAUAUAUCUACACUUUUGCAGGGGGAGCCGUUUCUUGGCAAUCAAGAUUGCAGAAGUGUGUUGCUUUAUCUAUAACAGAAGCAGAAUACAUUGCUGCCGCUGAAGCAGGUAAGGAAAUGUUGUGGCUAAAGCGUUUUCUCCAAGAACUUGGGAUCCAGCAGAAAGAGUACAAAGUACAUUGUGACAGUCAGAGUGCUCUAGACUUGAGCAAGAACUCUAUGUACCAUUCUCGUACAAAGCAUAUUGACAUUUGGUAUCACUGGAUACGAGAGACGAUUGAUCAACAACUGUUGAGACUAGUGAAGAUCAAUACAAAGGAGAAUCCAUCAGACAUGCUGACGAAGGUGGUGACACGGGAUAAGCUAGAGCUGUGCAGAGACAUAGUUGGGAUGCUUGUUUUGAAUAUGCCUGGAAUGGGAGAAUUGAAGAAUUCAAUUUCCAGGUCAUAUCCAAGUACAAGCAAAUUGAAGAAUCCAAUUCAUAGCUUCCAUGAAGCUUCCUCCAUGUGCAAGAAUGACAAGGGGAGCUUCCUCAACCACCAUUGAAGCUUCCUCAUGUUCCAUUGAAGCUUCCUCCUAGCUUCAACAAAUCUUCCUCCCACCUUCAUACUACCUUGUUUUGGUACUAUAAAUAGAGAGCUUGGAGAGUCUUUCUAUUAUCAAGUAAAUUAGAAUAGAUCAUCAUAGCACAACCAAGAACAGUUGUGAAUAUCCUUGAGAGAUAUGUGAGGUGUUGUUUUGAGAGUUUUUAGUUAGAGCUUGUAUGUCUCUUCUUUCUAUUCUUGAAAGUAAUAGAAGUGUUUUUCUCUCAUAUUAGCACGAUCCUGUUAUUCCCAACAUUUUACUGCUUAUAAAUAUUGUACAUACAUAUUAUAGAUAGUAUAUAUAUACUUCACAAAUAUUUUCUUGAGUUGAAGCCCCCGCCCGCCUCUUUUGUCUCCACCCCUAGUUACCUGUCCAUCGUUUGAUGAUAUUUGAAUAAAACUUUGCUUCUCUGGCUUCUUCCCUUAUGGCUUUUGAUCUGUGCAGGACAUGUGGGAGGUAGGAAUUUACCACUUUUUCCUUAUGGGUCCUUUGGAAACUGAGCUCGUAUACCCGAACCUCGUACGACCUCGAAGAUUCGUCGCCUUCCCUCUUUGCUGGCUCGAAUCUCCUGCAAAUGAACUUCCAACUCACUGCAAUGUUUUCAAAGUAAUCCAGAGUUUCUUCAUUCUUGUCCAGGGUCAUGAUCAGGCUCUUGUCCCCGACUAUUUUGCUGAGUUUGACUCUCUGGGUCAACGGGUGCUCGAUCUUGCCGAGGUAUACCUCAGCUGCAUCGAAAAGCUCGUUUCUUGACAGACCUUGGAACUCUUCAAUGGCGAUGGUGAAUGUAGUAGAGAAACGCCGGCAGAAGUCGUCAAUGGAUUGGAACAGGGAUUAACGGAACCUUCUUGGGACUAAGUCUCUCCACAGCUUAUCUACAAAUAUGGCAGUUGCAGCCAAAGAGGCCAUUGUGGUGGCAAUAGUUUUCAUUUUUUGGAGAGCCAUUGGUGAUUUCUCAAUGGAGUUUUUUCUUCAAUUUUUGGAGGUCAGUCCGGUAUACAUUCCCGAUACAUACAAGGGGGUGGUGGCUGUGGAUUGUGUUUGGCAGAUUCGGGCUUUGUUUGCAAACAAUUAAUUUAAGUGUUGAUGGAGUAUAUGGCCUAGAAAUCUCCGGCCCAUAGACUCAUGUUUCUCCCACAAAAGCCCAUUAAGUCCAGGGAGCAUCUGAGGCCCAAAUACAACGGCCCAAGCCUCAAAGAAGCCCGAAGUACACACUGGGGUGCCUUUGGCCUCCUUGGCCGAAGGCUCCAAAACUCACAGUAUAGACUUUUCCGACAUACGAAGCUAUUGGGAGGAAACGGCAGAAAAACAGGAGCCUUCGGCACUGUGAAGCCUUCGGCAUCAGAGAAGCCCUCGCGGAUGAAGAACCGAGCCUUCGGUUAUGCAAAGCCCUCGGCCACAACCAAGCCCCCAGCUACUCGAGGAGCCUUCGGCCAAACAGGCUCAAUCAUCGAAGAUUCCCUUUGGAGACAGCCAACCACCACAUUUAAUACGACGUCACAUCCACCCAUCGCAUUCAAUGCGGCGAACAUGCCACUGCCAGUGCCACCUGAUUGAUGUGACCCCUCGGCCGUUGGAUUGUUGACACGUGUAUUCUCAUCACAUUUAUUGCUGCUAUAAAUAGCAGCCCUUAUUCACCUUGUAAACCACACAGAGUUCAUUUAAUAAAUCGACUCUCUCUCCUCCUAUUUUGCUCUGACUUCUCUCUAGUUAUUCCCUCAAUAACCCCUCGGAUAAGAUACCCCCCGGGUAGACAAUCCAUCAAGUGUUUUUGAUUUUUUUUAAAGAAAAAAGCACUUAUUUUACCAAAUAACACCAGCUUUUACUUUUUCGGUUUUCGUGUAGAAUCUACUUUUUACUUUUUCUAUUACACAAAAAGCAUUUAUUUUACCAAACACUACCAACUUUUACUAAUAAUCACUUUUUCCCAAAAGUGCUUUUAUUUAAGCACAAUCACUUGCAAACAGAGCCUCAAAGGAGUGUUUGGAGUUGCUUGAAAAAAGC